UUCUGCGAAUUUUCCCUGUCUGAAUCAUCUCUCAAGUCUCAUCUGUGCAUGUGGUGAGGAAUUGGAUAGAAGCAGGUCUCCAUUCUCUCUCUCAAAAGAAAAAAAAGGAGGAAGAAGAACAAGAAGCAGGUCGCCAUUGGAGGACAGUUCUGCUAAUCUUUGGUGGAGAAAGAAGAAAUAGGAGGCAUGCUCUUACCGCAUCAUCAAAUGUAUCCAAACCCUCUGCGGAAGACCGCCUUUGCCUCACCGUUUGCGCUUCACAAAGACGGGUUGCUCUUCUCUACUGCUCCGCGGCAAGGUUUUGCGCACCCACCAUGCGCGACCGUCAGUGUCAUCAGAUCAGAGGCCAAUGGGGCUGCGUUGCCAGACGCGGUCAGAAAGCAUAGCAAGGAGGAGCUCAUUGCUUUCUUCAGAGACAUUCAGACCUCCAUUGCCGAGAGCUCGCCUAAAACUUCCAGGAGGGCGAGGAAGCCGUCGCCUGACCCGGUCGAAGAGGUUGACAAGAGGAAGCAAUCAUAUGGCAUGGAUGGAGAUGGUGGCGCCGAUGAUUUUUCAGAGGAACAAGGAAGGAUGAUAAAUCUGGAGGACAUGAAGGUGGCUGACUUGAGGGAACUGGCGAGGGCGAGAAGGAUGAGGGGUUACUCCAAGUUAAAGAAGGGUGAGCUGAUUGAUCGUUUGAAAGGGGUUAUCAUGUGAUAAGCUUGUCCAUGAUCAAGAGUAGGAAGAUGUUAGGGACCUAUUGUAGAUGUGCGGACUAGAUUAUUGUCGCUUCAAAUGUAUGAUGGGAUUUUGCCAGAAAGAAACGUAUGACAUGAUCUGCUGUCUUUUUUAUAGAAAGAAGCUGUAUGAUGUGA